AUGAAGACUGCAACCUGUUCCCUUCUCAUCUGCGUCUUCCUUCUCCAGUUGAUGGUCCCAGUGAAUACUGAUGGGACCUUAGACAUUAUUGGGAAGAAAAAGGUCAAGGAACUUCAUGCCCAUCAAGAUAACUAUCCCUCUGUAAGGAAGACCCUCUCAUGCACUAAUGUCAAGUCUAUGAGCAAAUGGGCCUCCUGCCCUGCUGGGAUGACUGCUACUGGAUGUUCUUGUGGCUUUGCCUGUGGAUCAUGGGAGAUACAGAAUGAAAAUAUUUGCAAUUGCCUGUGCUUAAUCGUUGACUGGGCCUAUGCCCGCUGCUGCCAACUGUCCUAA